UCCGCCCUGCAGAUAAGCCAAGUACUCGGACUAACUCGGAAUAUUAUAUAAUACUUAAUAAAUAAGUGGCGGUUCCCAUCCAGAAUCUUUUGCCUGGGAACUGAUGAGAGAGACGCGAGCUGCCUGAGAGCCACUUUGUUAGCCAGGAAAACCCAAUAGUGUCAACGCAUUGAACAAGUUCAACAGCUGUAUUCAAGGCAAGUCGUAAGUUGAGCCGAUCCGAGUCCGGCUUCCAUAUCGGAACAGUAGCUUUCGCUGCUGGAGAACUGCACAAAACAGAACUGAUUCAGCGGGCAACGGAAGCGACACGCGAUUAAGUCCCAGGGCACUCGCGAAAAUACCUCAAAAUGAAGGCCUUUUCUUGGGCAUUUGUGAGUUUACUGGGCUUCAUCCCGCAUUGUACAGUCGCCAAUACUUUAUCCAGUGAUUUUAUAGAUCUUCUCGACUUUAGCGAUAAUGCUGAGUUUCAAUGGGGGGAGCCCGAAAAUCAGGUAUACGAAAAUCGCACUGGGGAAAACCAUGUCGUGAGUUUCCUCUCCCGACAUCGCCUAAACAAGCGGCAGGCUCCCACCUCGCAAUUGCUGGAGAACAAGGAUUACGGAUCAUGUAGCACUCCUUUGGGUGAGUCCGGACGAUGUCGCCAUAUUAUCUACUGUCGCAUGCCAGAACUGAAGAAUGAUGUCUGGCGUUUGGUCUCUCAGCUUUGCAUCAUUGAGAAAAGCUCCAUAGGCAUUUGCUGCACUGACCAAUCGACGAGCAACCGAUUUAGUCCGCAAGUCGUGACCAAUACGGACGGGGAUGAGCCGCGUAUCGUUAAUAAGCCGGAGCAGCGAGGCUGUGGAAUCACCUCCAGGCAGUUUCCGAGGCUUACUGGUGGACGGCCAGCCGAGCCAGACGAGUGGCCCUGGAUGGCGGCCCUGCUGCAGGAGGGUCUGCCCUUCGUUUGGUGCGGUGGGGUCUUGAUCACCGACCGCCAUGUGCUUACUGCCGCUCACUGCAUCUACAAGAAGAACAAGGAGGACAUCUUUGUGCGUCUAGGCGAGUACAACACUCAUAUGCUUAAUGAGACGAGGGCGAGAGAUUUCCGGAUUGCCAACAUGGUGCUCCACAUCGAUUAUAAUCCACAGAACUACGACAAUGAUAUUGCCAUUGUCAGGAUCGACAGAGCUACUAUAUUUAACACUUACAUUUGGCCAGUUUGCAUGCCGCCCGUGAACGAGGAUUGGUCAGACAGAAACGCCAUUGUCACCGGUUGGGGCACCCAGAAAUUUGGCGGACCUCAUUCCAACAUUCUCAUGGAGGUUAACCUGCCGGUUUGGAAGCAGUCUGAUUGCCGGUCGUCAUUUGUACAGCACGUUCCGGACACCGCCAUGUGCGCCGGAUUUCCGGAAGGAGGUCAGGAUUCGUGUCAAGGCGAUAGUGGAGGUCCACUAUUGAUACAACUACCCAACCAACGUUGGGUCACAAUCGGCAUCGUGUCCUGGGGCGUCGGUUGCGGACAGCGGGGUCGCCCCGGUAUCUACACUCGAGUGGAUCGCUACCUGGACUGGAUUUUGUCUAACGCAGAUAUCUAGAAUAUACGCAGUACUAUCUUCAGUUCGAUGGUACAUUCAAUUUACUUGGCAUUAGGAUUAACAAAUGCUAUGGUCUAAAUACACUAAUUAACCUGA